AUGGCAGAACAAAAGCAGAACCGGUCAGCAGAAGAAGAAGAUAUGAAGAAGAAGAGAAAGCGUAAGAGAAACAGAAAUAAAAAAGAAGAAAAGGAAGCAGAAGAGAAAAAUUCCAAUGAAACCGAAGGAGGAGAGGAAGAGGAGGAGGACAGGGAAGUUGAGGAGGUGAAAGAGAAGAAGAAGAAAAAUAAGAAGAGUAAGAAGGAAAGUGAAGAGAUGAUUGAAGAAGAAGAGGAAGUGGAAGAGGAAGAGGAAGAGAAAGAGAAAGAGAAAGAGACGGUGAAGAAGGUGAAAAGUGGAGGUGGAAUUAUGAGUACAGAGUCUUUUGACUCAUUGGGAUUAUCUGAACCCACUCGUAAGGCUAUUCAAGAGAUGGGAUUUGAGUAUUUGACUCAGAUUCAAGCCAGGGCAAUCCCGCCGCUUCUAGUAGGAAAAGAUGUUCUUGGUGCUGCAAGGACAGGUUCUGGGAAAACUCUUGCAUUUCUAAUACCAGCUGUAGAGUUAUUAUAUAAUGUUCAUUUCGCACCUCGCAAUGGAUUGGGCGUUGUUGUUAUUUGCCCGACAAGAGAACUUGCUAUACAGACCCAUGCUGUGGCAAAAGACCUUCUCAAAUAUCACUCCCAGACUCUUGGCUUGGUUAUUGGUGGUGCAGCAAGACGAGGAGAAGCAGAACGCAUUGCUAAAGGGGUAAAUUUACUGGUGGCAACCCCUGGUCGACUUCUUGAUCAUCUUCAAAACACAAAGGGAUUUAUCUAUAAAAACCUAAAGUGCCUCGUGAUUGAUGAAGCAGACAGGAUAUUGGAGGCAAACUUUGAUGAAGAAAUGAAGCAAAUUAUCAAGCUUCUACCAAAGGUUAGGCAAACCGCGCUAUUUUCAGCUACCCAGACUAAAAAGGUGGAAGACCUUGCUCGCUUAUCAUUUCAGACUGCUCCUGUCUAUAUUGAUGUUGAUGAUGGCAGAAUGAAGGUCACGAAUGAAGGUCUGCAGCAAGGCUAUUGUGUAGUGCCAAGUGCCAAGAGAUUUAUUCUUUUGUACUCCUUUUUGAAGAGAAAUUUGUCAAAGAAAGUGAUGGUCUUCUUCUCUUCUUGUAACUCGGUCAAGUUCCAUUCUGACCUUCUUAGAUACAUCCAUGUGGAAUGCUUCGAUAUCCAUGGAAAACAAAAGCAACAGAAAAGAACUUCUACCUUUUUUGAUUUCUGCAAAGCAGAGAAGGGCAUUUUGCUUUGUACUGAUGUUGCUGCCCGUGGACUUGAUAUUCCUGCUGUGGACUGGAUUGUGCAGUUUGAUCCUCCUGAUGAACCCAAGGAAUACAUUCACAGGGUUGGUCGAACAGCCCGAGGGGAAGGUGCAAAAGGAAAUGCCUUGCUUUUCCUGAUUCCGGAAGAGCUGCAAUUUUUGCGCUAUUUGAAGGCAGCAAAAGUCCCUGUAAAAGAGUAUGAGUUUGACCAGAAGAAGCUGGCAAAUGUUCAGUCUCAUCUGGAGAAGUUGGUGGCCAACAACUACUAUUUGAAUCAGUCAGCAAAAGAUGCAUAUAGAUCUUACAUAUUGGCUUAUAAUUCACAUUCUAUGAAGGACAUCUUUAAUGUUCACCGGCUCGAUCUGCAGGCUGUUGCUGCUUCAUUUUGCUUUUCCUCUCCACCAAAGGUGAAUCUGAAUAUGGACAGCAAUGCUUCCAAGUUUAGGAAGAAAGCAAAUAAAGGAAGCCAGAAAUGGUUUCAGUGA